AUGACCGGCACUAAAGAAAAACUUUUAGUGAUUGGAAAAAGUAAGAAGCCCCGCUGUUUCAAAGGUGUGAAAAAUCUGCCCGUCGAUUAUUUUGCCAACAAAACGGCGUGGAUGACUACCACCAUCUUUAACGAAUGGCUGUUGAAAUGGGACAAGCGACUAAAACGGAACAUACUCCUGCUCAUAGACAACUGCACUGCGCAUGAUGUAACUGUUUCAUUAAAAAAGAUAAAUAUCGUGUUCUUACCACCGAACACCACUUCUUUAAUUCAACCGUAUGACCAGGGAAUUAUCCCCACCUUGAAGGCAUAUUACAGAAAGGAAAUGCGUUCAAGGAUCUUAGAAAAUAUCGAAGACCAAGACGUUGAAGAUCUUAAUGCGAACGCUCUAGCCAAAAAAACAAAUGUUUUGGAUGCCAUACAUUUGUUAACAAUGUCAUGGAAUAAUGUCUCGGAAAGAACAAUUCGAAAUUGUUUUAGUCAUGGAGGAUUUUGUCAACCAGAGGACAACAAUGCUGCUGUAAUGAAAGAAAUGGAAGACGUUUUCAAUCCCCCGCCCGAUAUGAAUGCUGAAGAUUUUGAAGCAUAG